UUACCUAGCAUAUAAUACCAAAAUUUUAUGAUUCAUGUCAUGUAAUUUUUAUGUUGAAAAAUACUAUUAAUGCUUAGAGUUGGGAUGAAUUAUGCAAUUGCAGGUAUGUCCCAUUUGUGCAGCUAGGGUUGGUUUGGACUUGGUUGGGCACAUAACAACACAGCAUGGAAGUUUCUUCAAGAUGCAAUAUAGAAGGAGAUUCCGCAGAGGUUCACCUGGGUCCCAUUCAAUGCUAUCUUUGUUGAGAAAGGAUCUAAGGGAAGGCAAUCUACAAUCUCUUCUUGGAGGAUCUUCCUACAUGGCUCCGCCUUCUGCUGCGGCACCUGAUCCUUUCUGUCAAUCAUUGAUUUACACUUUACCUGUGGCUGAGGCAAUCAAAGAGAUGUACAACGAGUCUUUGGAUGAAGGAAGUCUGGUUAACAAGAGUUUAGAUGAAAAGGUUGCAGAGAGGGUGGAACCAUCUCUAUCUGACGAGGACCAGAAGGAGAGAGCUCGAAGGAGGGAAUUUGUACAGGAGCUUGUGCUCUCUACAAUAUUUGAUGACACAUUAUGAAGGAGUUCUCUACCACUAUGGUGGCUAAAGGGGCCGUUGAGAAAACGCCAGGAUCAUCAGCAAGCUGCGUCAUUGUUGUAAUUGUUGCUCAUCAUCUCCUUUGGAUCAGUGGGAGCAUUUAUUUGAUGGUUGUAUAUUUAUAACUGCCUUAAGAGAGGGAGGAGCAUGGAUUGUAUUUAUACAUUUAACAUUAGUAUCAAUAUCUGAAGCGACUAUUUCUACAACAACAA